AUGGCCAUGGGAUCUGGAAAUCCCAGUAUUCUGCAGGCAGAUCGGAUUGGAGGUUAUGUCUAUGCUGCUCUGGGGGUUGCAACUCUGUACGACCAUGGUGAGGAGUUUUCUGCGAGACAGGGCAUUCUGGACCGACACGAACUAAUUUUGGAUCUCACUUUCGCAGCCAUCACAUUGGAAGAUGAGGUGGAUUGUAUCUGGAGACGUGAAAGGAUCAAAAUUCCUCAGGCGUUAUUCCUAAUAAAUCGAUAUAUUGGCACUGGUAUCCUCGUAUAUAGCGCGGUCGCUAUCGCACUAGCCACCACAGUUCAGCCUCGGUCUAUUCCACGGUGCAAUGUCCUGAACAAUUUGCAAGAGUGGGGCUCCGUGCUAGUCGUGUGGUCAAUGCAAGGCAUCAUGGUCUUCCGCAUAUCUGCAAUGUACCAACACUACAACUUGAUAACCGCCGUCCAAUUAGUGUUCUUUGCCAUCGAGAUCAUCAACACGUCCAUCAUGAAAGGACUGGUACAAGACGAGGUCAUCGAUCUCUCAUGUAACCUUCUCGUCUACCCUGUCUGGUACGGUUGGUCAUGGGCGCCGAUCCUCUGCUUCGAGGCGUUGAUGUUCUUCCUGUCCCUGUGGCCCGGCAUUGUGUACUAUCGAGAAGCGCUGAAGCGGUCCGAUGCCCUCUUGACGUCGGAGAGGAACUCGUUGACGUACAUUCUGCUACGGGAUAGCAUUUCGUUCCCUUUCUUAGCAAUGGUGGUGGUUCUCAUCAACAUUUUUGGCUGGAGUCGCUUUUCGCCAAAUGCCGCUCGCAUUAACGCAGGGAUAGCGACCUUCGCCCCACGAAUAUUGGGGUGCAGGCUCAUCCUCAACCUUCGCGAAUCGUACUACCGACCGUUCGAGGAUGAAUUGUCUAUGAACACCCCCACUCUUCCUCGACCGCCUCUCGCCUCACCACGACCGCCCUCCUCAGCGCUGCGACCGACGACGGCGACGAGCAUGGAGGGGAACAUCAACGUCAGCAGCGAAUCGCCGCCAUCCAGGACUACUAUUUUAGGGUCCUUCUUACGAGGAAGGCCCCGGAAUUCCUCACAGUCACAUAUCCAGGUCAACACCGACCUCCAUCAGCCUCACAGAGACAUAUCCCCCUCCACUGUCCCCCAACCACCAUCUCCAAACACCAACGGCAGCAGCAGUAGACGAAGGACAGGCGCAGCGACAAUAGCAGCACUGGCUGGUCAAGGCAGUAACAACAACAACGCCAACAACACCGGCUCUUCGGGCUUGGGCAUCACCUCCAUGCUGCGACGACGACGAUCCGCGGGCAACGUCGCUGCGUCGACGCCAGCAGCACCUCCAGUGAUAACAGCCUCAGCGACGGCGGCAGCUGCGCUAGGGCUGGGGACGUACAACAACAAUCGGCUCUCACAGGCGCCACCACUCAGCACAACUGCCACCGUCAAUGGUGCCACCACAACAGGACUAGCCCCGUCAGCGAGCACAGGUGUCCCCCACCGCAUCCGCCUCGUUCCCCACCUCGACACCCGACGGUCGCUUAGGUUCGACGCUAUCGGGCGGGACCUGAAAGAGGGCGACCCGGCUCUACGGAUUGGGCGUUUCACCGACCGGUCAGGGCUAGGGCUCGCAGCCGUCAACGCCCUGGGUUCCAACAAGCUCGCUUUCAGGUCCAAGGUCGUCUCGCGGGCGCAUGCAGAGAUCUGGGUUGAGGGUGGCGGGAGGUUCUUUGUGAAGGACACGAAGAGCAGCUCGGGGACUUUUUUGAACCAUGUUCGUUUGAGCCCUGCGAACACUGAGUCAAGGCCCUUCCAGAUCAAGGAUGGCGAUAUCCUGCAGCUUGGGGUCGACUAUCAAGGAGGAGCAGAGGAUAUCUACAAGAGCGUGAAGAUCAGGAUUGAGAUUGGACGGGAGUGGCAAGCCUCUGCCAACGCAUUCAACACGAACGCACUGAAGAAUCUCAAGUCGUUGGCGUUGCCAUUGGCGAACGGAAAGCAGCCGGCCGCAUUAGUGAAGCUACCUGCAUCCAACAAGUUGCAUAUACCCGACUGCUGCAUCUGCCUGUUCGGCGUCACGAUCCGCCAAGCCCUCUUCAUAGCCCCCUGCUCCCACACAUUCCACUACAAAUGCAUUCGGCCCCUGCUCGAAGCCCAUCACCCCGCCUUCUCCUGCCCUCUUUGCCGGACCUUCGCUGAUCUGGAGGAAGACGUCGAGGUCGAAGUAGAAUACGAAGAAGAUGCGGAUGGCGAAGAACUCGAGGCCGGUCUUGGCGAUGGCAAGGAGCCUAACGGCAUUGAUGCGGACUUCGAGGGUGAAGCCGACUCGGAAGGCCACGCCCCGCAGCACCACCAAGGUGUAGAUGCCUCGAUGAUGGAAGGUGAUAGCCCUGCCUCGCGCUCGAACUCGGGGCUGGGAGUCCGCCACACAGAGGCAGGCGCAGAGACGGAGGUCGAGGGUGAGGGUGCGGGGUAUGGACCGAGAGGUCACGGCGCCCGUAGGGGACGGCCAGCGGCUGGUGGCAGUGGCGAGCGAGCAUCGGCCCUCAUCGACCUAGCAGACGAGCCAGAGGAAUUUAUGCUCGUUGACGCACAUGGGCAUGGCGGGGAUAUGGGCAUCAUAACUUCGGAUGGCGAGGGCGUCUUAAUCGAUGUCGAUGGGACGGUUGGCGGCAAAAGGAAGCGUUGA